AUGAAUAUGUGGCGUGGAUCACAGAUUCUUCGUCGUAAGACGUUUGUGCAAGUAUCUUCACGUGUAUCUUUACUAUCAACAGUCUCUUCCUCUGAUAUGGUCAUGGAAAAUCUAAUGAAUCCAUCCAGUACAAUGACGUCGUCGUCAUCGUCGCUGACUGAGAAAAAACGAACGGGAUUACUGGCUGUUAAGAUUGGUAUGAUGCCUGUAUGGGAUCACUAUGGCUACCGUCAUAAUUGUACAGUCCUACAAGUAGAGGAAUGUCAGGUUACACAAGUAAAGACAGCAGAUCGUCAUGGAUUUAAUGCACUUCAGCUUGGUGUAGGGCUACGUAAACCCAAGAACGUAAGCAAACCUGUGUUGGGUCAUUUGGCAAAGGCUGGCGUACCGGCAAAGCGUCAGCUACAGGAAUUUCGAGUGUCGGAAGAUGCACUUUUACCACUAGGUACAAAACUCUCGGCGUUGCACUUUAAUGCUGGUCAAUACGUGGACGUGUGUGGAAUUAGUAAGGGCAAAGGCUUCCAGGGUGUCAUGAAGUUGCACAAUUUUGCGGGUCAGCCAGCGUCUCACGGUAAUUCCAAGACACAUCGUCACAUGGGCUCAACUGGUCAAUGUCAGGACCCUGGUAAGGUGUUUAAGGGUAAGAAAAUGCCUGGUCGUAUGGGUGGCAAUCGCGUUACGCGUGACAAUCUUUGGAUCGCUAAAAUUGACGUUGAACGCAAUCUAAUCUACGUCAAAGGUAGUGUGCCAGGCAACAAUGGAGGGAUUGUCCGUGUUACGGACGCUCGGAAGAAAAAAACAGAUGUGCCACUUCCGUAUCCGACCUUUGUCCCUGUAGAGGGUGAGGCAUUACCAUUGGAAGUACUGGCGCCUCAAGGUGAUGUCGAUCCAUACCAUUACGACGAUAAAUAG